GGCGAUUUCGAUGAAGCGUUCGUUUUGAGGCGAUAUGAUGAUCGUUUUUCGCUGAUUCUGAACGAUAAUUUCACAUCUGAAUGGUUCUCCUCAUCUGUUCAUGAAUUAUAUCUCUAUAUAACGGUUGUGUGCAAUCAACACAGCUAUCCUCUGAUUACCAUUCGCGUAACUCAAAAAAAUUCACAUGCACCACAGUUUUACGGCCAGCAACCAUAUUCAAUCGUUGUCGACGAGACUGCAGCAAUUGGAAGCAAAAUCAACACUUCUGUAUUAGCCGUCGAUUGGGAUUCGACAACGAAAUAUUCAAUUGUUUACGAUAUUGUGAACGGCAACGAGGAUGGUUACUUCGAGUUGGAUCGACUGAAAGCCACAAUCGAUGACCUCAAUAAUUUAUCGAUAAAAUUCGAUGAACCAAAUUUGAAUCCUGAUGAAACGCCAUACUUUGCUGCAUUAAUCGUAAAGAAAAGGCUCGACACUGGCAGUACUCCUCAACGUUUCAAUUUUAACAUUUCUGCAACGGUAAUCUUGUUGAAGAGAUGUCUCAAAAUGAAAUUUUAUUUAAAGUUGUUUUAA